AUCACUCAAAAAUCCUUCCACAUUACAUUUGUGUUUGCCUUAUACAAUGUGAGUGUGCGAAGAGAGCUUUGGGACAGACUUUCUACUAUUGCUAGCAGAUUGUGCACACCAUGGGCAGUUAUGGGGGAUUUCAACACUGUUUUGGACUCCAGUGAGAGGGUAAACUGCCAUACCUAUGCAUAUGAUAUGACUGACCUCUUACAGUUUAGACUAAACAAUGAUCUUCUCGAUGCAAAGGCUACGGGCUUGCAACUCACUUGGAACAAAGGCAACAAGUGGGCCCAACUUGAUAGAGUCUUGAUAAAUUGUGAAUGGGACCGUCUCCAUUGGGAAUGCUGGGCUGAUUUCAAGCCAAUGGAGUUCCAAUCAGAUCACUGCCCCGUUGUCUUGAAUCUCUUCCAACAAAGCAACCGGGGUCCUAAACCGUUUAAAUUUUUUAAUAUGUGGAUGCAACAUGAAUCUUUUGACAGUUUGGUGCGGCAGAUUUGGGACAGAAGGGUUACUGGAACGAGGCAAUUCAGAUUAUGCAGUAAGCUCAAAAUGCUGAAGCAACCACUGAGACAACUUAAUAAUAAGGAUUUUAGCCACAUUUCAACCACUUAAUAAUAAGGAUUUUAGCCACAUUUCAACCAGGGCUGAGAAUGCUAGAAACACAUACUCGGAACUUAUGGCUAGACUACUGAAUGAUCCUGAUAACACUGCCCUAAUUCAUGAAACGGCUUCUGUUAGGAAAAAGGCUGCCUUUUAUUGUGAAGCUGAAAGAUCCUUUUACCUACAGAAAGUCAAAUGCAAGUUCAUUAAUGAGGGAGAUAAAUGCAGCAAAUUCUUCCACUCCCUGAUGAAGAAACAAACUGCCCUGAACUCCAUCCCCUUCGUCAUCACUAGUCAAGGGACUACCACUACAUCUUUGGAACCCAUUGUGGAUGAAUUCAUUGGACACUUUAGCACUAUCUUUGGACAAACUGUUCCCACAUCCCCUAUUGACUGGGAUGUAUUUAAAGAGGGACCCCUAGUUCAAGACUUCGAAGCUAAGAAUCUGAACAGGAAAGUGGACAUGCUUGAAGUGAAGGAAGCACUCUUUAGUAUUGGGAAUGACAAAUCACCGGGACCUGAUGGGAUGAUCAGGAAAAUACUUUGUGGGAGCAGAUUUACUCACCAUCUGAGGUGCGCUAAACUUGGUAUCACUCAUAUUGCGUUUGCUGAUGAUGUGAUGAUGUUUUGUCGGGGAAACAUGGAUUCUGUUACUGUCUUGACCAAUGCCAUUAAAGAGUUUUCCCAAGUAUCUGGAUUGCAUGUUAAUCCUUUGAAAUCCAAUAUCUAUUUGGCUGGUGAAAUUAAGGAUAACAAGCAUGAUUUGCUAUCCUUAGUCUCUUUCCCUGAGGGUAAACUCCCGGUACGAUACUUGGGACUCCCAUUGACUUCUCAAAGAGCUUCCGAGAGGGACUUUGCAUCGCUUGUUGCUAAAGUGGAUGAAAAUAUUAGAAAGUGGAAUACCAGAUCGUUAUCUCCAGCUGGUAGACUGGAACUUGUUAGAAGUGUCAUUCAAGGUGUUGAGGGCUUUUGGUUUCAGGCAUUCCCCAUCCAUAAAACUAUACUGGACAGAAUUACAUCCCUAUGCAGAACCUUUGUGUGGGGAAGUAAGUUUUGCAAGGUGGCCUGGGCUGACGACACUUUGUGGAUUCAAUGGGUACACUCGGUUUAUCUUCAAGGCAGUAAUUUUUGGACCUGGAUUCCUAGCAAAAAGGACUCCCACUUUUUUAAGAAGAUUGCUGAUGUUAGGGAUUCCCUAUUACAAAAGUGUGGUGAUAGAUUCAUGAUUGAAGACAACUUAUGUGACAUAGGUGAUAUGAAAGCCACCAAGGUCUAUGAGCUUUUGAGGUCCAAAGCUAGCAUGAGACCUUGGAUGAAAGUAAUAUGGCAGCCUUAUAUUCCCCCUAGAUACUCAUUCACUGUUUGGCUAACGUUGCGUGGGAGACUCCCUACAAAAAUGAACCUCCACUUCAUUCCCAUGGACAACAGGAGAUGUGAGUUUUGUCAUACUGAGGAGGAAACUACACAGCACCUGUUCUUCCUAUGUGAGAUUACCUCCCUCAUUUGGGGUACUAUUAAGAAUUGGCUUAAGAUUACACCUGCAUUAUCUACUCUUGAGAGGUCCAUUACAUGGGCUAGGAGACAAAGGCACAACCACUGUGCCAAAAGGAAAUUGUGGAGACUGGCCAUCCUGUCCACAGUUUACAACAUUUGGAGAAGUAGAAAUGGGGUCUAUUUUGAUAAACAACCCAUACAUGCUGAUACCAUCAUUAAUAAAAUCAAAGUGGGGAUAUACAAGGUGAUGUAUAGACUAUUCCCCCAGGAUAUGUUGGAUCUGUGAUUGCGAUUGGGCUGCCAGCUCUUUUGUUUUUGGUUACUGGUUGUUGGACUUAGGGUAAAAUCUUUUAAGAGGAUACCCUGGUCCUACAGAUUGUGAUUU